AUGAGUGACGCCCAGGCCAACGAGGCUGAGAAGAACAUUGAAAUAUGGAAGGUGAAGAAGCUCAUUAAGCGCCUCGAGGCCGCUCGCGGCAAUGGCACAUCCAUGAUUUCCCUCAUCAUUCCUCCCAAGGAUCAGAUUUCGCGAGCAGCCAAGAUGUUGGCUGAAGAAUACGGUACUGCCUCGAACAUCAAGUCGCGUGUCAACAGACAGUCCGUGCUCUCGGCCAUUACCUCGACCCAGCAGCGUCUCAAGCUGUACAACAAGGUCCCCCCGAAUGGACUUGUCGUCUACUGUGGUGAAAUCUUGACCUCGGAAGGAAAGGAGCGAAAGGUCAACAUUGACUUUGAGCCCUUCAAGCCCAUCAACACGUCGCUCUACCUUUGUGACAACAAAUUCCACACCGAGGCCCUCGCCGAGCUGCUCGAGUCGGAUCAAAAGUUUGGUUUCAUCAUCAUGGAUGGUAACGGUGCGCUCUUUGGUACCCUGAGCGGUAACACUCGAGACAUUGUCCACAAGUUCUCUGUCGAUCUUCCCAAGAAGCACGGUCGUGGUGGUCAGUCUGCCCUCCGUUUCGCCCGUCUUCGAGAGGAAAAGCGACACAACUAUGUCCGAAAGGUGGCCGAGUUGGCUGUACAAAACUUCAUUACCAACGACAAAGUCAACGUUGCUGGUCUCAUUCUCGCAGGUUCUGCUGAUUUCAAGACCGACUUGAACUCAUCCGACCUGUUUGACAACCGUCUCGCUACCAAGGUUAUCAAGGUUGUGGAUGUUUCGUAUGGUGGUGAGAACGGCUUCAACCAAGCCAUCGAGUUGUCCUCUGAGACGCUGGGCAAUGUCAAAUUUAUCCAGGAAAAGAAGCUCAUUGGCAAGUACUUUGAGGAAAUCAGUCAGGAUACCGGCAAGGUGUGCUAUGGUAUCGAUGAUACACUCAAGGCGCUCGAGCUUGGUGCCGUCGAGGUCUUGAUUGUCUUUGAGAAUUUGGAAAUCACCCGCUGGGUCCUCAAGGACAGCGCCGGCGCCGAGAUUAUGCUCCACACCACCAAGCAGCAGGAGACGGACCGUACCAAGUUCAUGGACAAGGAGACUGGCCAGGAGAUGGAUGUCGUGUCACAAGACUCCUUUAUUGAGUGGAUUGCUGAGCACUACAAGGACUUUGGUACCAACCUCGAGUUCGUCUCUGACCGAUCUACCGAGGGUAACCAGUUCGUCAAGGGCUUUGGUGGUAUUGGUGGCAUUCUCCGAUACAAGGUCAACUUUGAGCAGCUGGCUGAAUAUGAUGCCCUCGAAUCGUCCGAGGGAUCAACUCAAGUCACUACGUCGUCUUCGGCAACUGCCGCCAAAGAGCCGGCAGGUCCAGCGCCGCCUAGCCCCCAAGCUGCGCCAGCAGUAAAGGCCGAGCCGUUGUCCUACGUGGAGCGGCGCAAGAUCACUCUUGGGCCUGCAACUUCCCUCCACACGGCUAAGCAGGUUGCCCGACCGAGUCCGCUUCGUGAUAUGAUGACGUCUUGA